AUGGCUAAUCACAUUUUGGUUAUUGCAAGUUUACUAGCCAUUGCUUGUGCCAUGGUCACUGCAUUUGAGCCUAGUCCAUUGCAAGAUUUCUGCGUUGCCGAUCCUACUAGCUCAGCAAGAGUUAAUGGUCUGGCUUGCUUGGACUCGAAGUCGGUACAAGCCAACCACUUUUUCUUCAGUGGCCUCCAUAUUCCCGGAAACACAUCAAACCCCCUUGGCUCUGCAGUUAAACCAGUCUUUGUAGGCCAAUUGCCAGGACUAAACACCCUUGGAAUCUCGAUGGCCCGCAUUGACUAUGCACCCUGGGGUCUAGUUCCUCCUCACACACACCCCCGUGCAACUGAAAUUCUUACAGUCUUGGGAGGCAAACUAUUUGUUGGCUUUGUGACUUCUAACCCUGAAAACAGGCUCAUUACUAAGGUCCUUGAGAAGGGUGAUGUCUUUCUGUUUCCUAUUGGACUUGUUCACUUCCAGAGAAAUGUUGGCCAUGGAAGUGCUUUCUCAAUCUCUUCCUUAAGCAGCCAAAACCCUGGUGUUGUUCUCGUUGCUAAUGCUCUAUUUGGAUCUACUCCAAGCAUUCCAAAUGAUAUUCUAGCCAAGGCUUUCCAGUUGGACAACUCUGUAGUUGAAAAACUUCAAGCUCAAUUCUAG